AUGUCAAUCGUUUCUGCCGUUUCAAGGGCGGCAUGGGAUGUCUCGAAGAGCGUAGUUGUUCCCAUUAAGCGUCAAUUCGGAUACGUGAUGUCCUCCAAGAGCUACGUCCGGGAUCUCCAGACGGAAGUCGAGAAUCUGCGGGACACGGUUGAGAGGGUCAGCAAUUCCGUGGAAGUGGCCAGAAACAAUCUUCGGCCGGUCUCCAGUGACGCCAGGAAGUGGCUUGCAAAUGCUGAGCAGGCCUUGAAGGCGGCGGACGACCUGUUGGUAGACUAUGAAAAGGGGAACAAGACUUGCUGCCGCGGGACUCUUCCCGACCUCAAUUGUCGCUAUCAGUUCAGCAGGAACGCCAAGGACAAGAUCCAGGUCAUUCGUGACCUACCUCCGCCUCCGCCCGAAUGCAGGGGAAUUACUGAGAUCAAGCGUCAUUCCGAAUACGUGAUCUCCUCCGAGAUCUACGCCCAGGAUCUUCGGAAGGAAGUCGGGAAGCUGGCGUACGAGGUUGAUUGGGUCGACCUUGCCCUGGAAGAGGCCAAAAAGGAUCAUCGGAAUGUCCGCAGUCGCGUCACGCAAUGGCAGGUAAAGGCUAAGGACGCCAAUGAGGAGGCGAGUGACCUGUUGGACCACUUUGAAAAAGCGAGCAAAACUUGGUGCUUGGGGACUCUUCCCAACCCCAGCUGUCACUAUAAGUUCAGCAGGAAGGCCGAAGACAAGAUCCGAGGGAUUCAGGAACACACUCGAAGCUGCAGUGCAUACACGAAAUUGGAGGACAUGUGCUCCAGCGCACGUCCUGGGUAUGUCAGUCCAACUCCGGCCAGGGAAGAGGGCACAGAUGUCGUUCAGUCAACCACCGCGAUCGAACCCCCUAUUUCUGCCUCGACUUCGAUUACUAUUAGGGACGAUAGCGUCUUCGAAUCUAGAGCUUUGAUGAUACAGAAAGUCAUGGACGCUCUUGCCAAUACCAGCAACAGUGUGGUUGGGAUUUACGGGAUGGGCGGAGUUGGCAAGUCCUGCCUUUUGGUGGAUGUCGAAAAGAGAAUAAGAAUAAGGGAAGACACCUCUUUCGAUUGGGUCGCUAGGGCCGACGUGUCGGAAAAUCCAGACAUCAAGAGGAUUCAAGGAGAGAUUGCGCACUGGUUGGGCCUUACUGACUUAGAGAAGCGAGACGAUGUCAGCUUGCGAGCGAACCUUCUGCGCUCGAGGUUGGAAAUGGAGGAGAGGGAGAAAAAGAAGGUGCUCAUAAUACUGGACAACCUGUGGGACAGGCUGGACUUGGACAAAGUCGGCAUUCCUUGCGGACCUGACAACAAAGCUAGAGGAUGCAAGUUGUUGUUAACGGCAAGAGAUCAACGUGUUUUGCGAAGGGAAAUGCGCUGUGACAGCGCCUUCCUCCUUCGUGAGCUGGAAAACGUAGAGGCAAAGAGAUUGUUUGAGAAGAUGGUGGGAGGCAAAGUACCAGUUGAGUUGGAACCCUUGGUGGAGGAAGCAGUCCGCAUAUCUGCAGGUUUGCCUUUCCUAAUUGUCGCGAUAUCAAAACUUUUUAUAGACACUAGUUACUCUGAAUGUGACUAUGCUUUGAAACAAAUCUGGAGCGAAGAUACUGGUAAUGUGAUAACUAGCACGCUGCAACUUAGUUGUUAUGGUCGUAUAAGCGAGGAGGCCAAGUCAUUGUUACGACUUUGUGUUGCUUAUGGCGUCUCUAAGCCAUCUCUCGAGGACUUGGCGAGGUACGGCUUCGGUUUGAGGAUAUUUCGAGGAGUUAGCAGCGUGCAAGAAGCUAGAGUUAGGUUGGGCUCACUGAUCCAUACUCUGCAAGCCUCCUCCCUUUUAUUAGACGGUGAAGAAGACGCCGGUGGUUUUAAGAUUCAUGAUUUGGUUCGUGAGUUUGUUGCCUCGUUUGCCUCAACAAAUCGCCCUCUUCUUGUUUUGAAAGAUCAACAUAAGUGGGAAACAGCAUUGUUAGAGGACAGGCUCAAAAUUUGCGAGGCGAUAUGCUUUCCCUACGUCGACUUGGAGGAGCUUCCCAAAGAAUUAAUCUGUCCGGAAUUGCGGAUCUUUUUGCUGCUUGAAAACAAAAGAUCUCUUGAGAUCUCGGAUUCGUAUUUCAACUCUAUGAAGAAUCUCAUGGCCUUAGAUCUUAGGGGAAUACGUCUCAGUCGUUCGCCUUCGCCGUUUCAAUUCAUGGAGAACUUACACACUUUGUGUGUCGAUAAUUGUUCAGUAGAGGAUGUGUCCGUUCUUGGCAAGCUAAAAGGCCUCCAAAUUCUCAGCCUUCAGCAAUCGGACAUUCAGCAAUUGCCGAAAGAAAUAGGGCAACUAGUAGAGCUGAGGUUGUUAGAUUUGGAUUAUUGUUCAAAACUACAGAUAAUUGAACCGGGUGUCCUUGGAAGGUUGACCAAAUUGGAGGAGUUGUAUAUGAAGGAUAGCUUUGAUCGAUGGAGUGCUGGGGAGCAAACUCCAGCAACUAAUGCCGGUCUUAUUGAAUUGAAUAACAUGAAGAAUCUCCGCACUCUGCAUGUAUCCAUUCGCAAUCCAAGUGCGCUCCCAAGGGAUCUAGAUGUUGAGAAGUUAACCGAGUACAAAAUCCGAAUAGGUGAUGUACGGGGCUGGGGAGACUACAAAGGAUCGAGGAUGUUGGAGCUCAACUUGGAUGGAACAAGCGAUGUUCUUCGAAAAGAAUGCUUUCAAAGUAUCUUGGCCAAAGCUGACAAUUUGUAUUUGUACGAGGUGGACAGAACUGAGAAAAGUAUUUCCGCAUUAUCCUCGGAAGGUUUUCCAAAAUUAAAGCAUAUACAGGUGGAGGAUAGUCCUUCCUUCCGUUGCAUCCUCGAACGGUCUUCCCUUCCUACUUUUGAGGCGUUGGAGACGCUACUUCUCAAUAAUCUCGUCAACUUGGAGAAGAUAUUAUGCACCAAAAAUAUCUCCAUCGGGUCCUUCAGCACAUUAAAAGUAGUACGGGUUAAGGGAUGCGACAAGAUAGAGGUUCUUUUUCCUCGUUCGGUGGUGAGAGAACUUCCACAGCUAGAAGAGAUCGAAGUCGUCGGUUGCAAGUUAAUGCGGGGGAUUGUAGAAGCUGAUGGUGAUCGUGGCAAAUUUGAGUUGCCUAAGUUGCGGGUAUUGAAAUUGUAUUGGUUGCCAAAUAUCGAGAAUUUUAUCACCACCGGGUCGUCUCCCUCGAGGAGUACAUCAGACGACCAAAUUGGCACUCAAAUUGCAUUCUUCAACGAACAACAGACAUUAGACGUUCAUGGCUUGGACAAUCACGGGUUUAUGUUUUCCCCAUCCAUGGUUAAAUCUCUCGCAAAACCGAGAAAGCUAAGUAUAUGGAGAUGCGAGAAGAUGGAGGCGAUCAUUACGGAGGAAGAAGGAUUCGGAGUGGAAAUAUCAGAAACUCUGGCAUUUCCUAUGUUAGCCUAUUUAUCCUUACAAUAUUUGAAAAGUUUAAAGUGCUUCUCUCACGGUUCACGAGAAGCUCGAAGUCAAGACAACGUCCAAUCACGCCGUCUUGCACUCUUCAAUCGAGAGGUUUCAUUUCCAUUCUUGGAGUCCUUGACAAUAGAACGGCUUCCCAAUUUAAAUGAGAUAUGGAGCGAUGAAUCUCCACUAGAGUCGAGCAAUCUCCGAUCUCUCAAAGUGGUGCGGUGCGAUUCUCUCUCAAAGGUUAUCAGCUCCAGAUCGUUGGUAAAGCUCCACAAGUUGCAAACUUUAAGUAUCAAUGAUUGCAGUUUGGUGCAAGAAAUUUUUUACCUUGAAGGACCAAGCGCCAAUGGAGAUGUUGAGACUCUGUCAGAGUUAACCACCUUGGAAUUGAAUAAGUUGGGGAGCUUGAGGUGCAUAUGGAACAAGAAUCCUAGUGGAAUAGUGAGUUUCCAUAAAUUAAAGAAGUUUGAGUUGGAUGGCCAUGACAACCUCGAGUUUAUAUUUUUUCCAUCCAUGGUGAAAUCUCUCGCACAACUGAGAGAUCUAACGGUAUCAAAUUGCGAAAUGAUGGAGACGAUCAUCGCGGAGGAAGAAGGGCUGGGAAUGGAAAUAUCAAAAACUUCGGCAUUCUCAAUGUUAACCAAUUUACGCUUAAGUUGUUUGGAAAGCUUGAAGUGCUUCUCUCGCAGAAAGUGUUCACGAGAAACUCAAAGUCCGAACCGCGUCAAAUCAUGUUGCUCUACACUCUUCAGUCAAGAGGCAAUUGAAAAAACAAUUGAGAGGAAAGCGAGCAGUAAGGUUCAAGAGUUCGGAGGAAGCCUUACUCUCUCUUAA